AUGGUGGCAACCACUCACCGGAGGUGGCUUCCUCUCCCGGUUCGCCGUCUUCCUAGCAGACAACCCAUGAAAACGCCCGUCUGCAUCCUGAUCUCCACACGAAACCGCGCCCGCCUCCCGCGUUGCCACCUCUCCCGUUCGAGUGACCCCACCCCCACCUCGGAGGCACAGGUUACCGACUCCCUGCGCGUCGCCUUCGCGUGCGGCGGCGCGGGGGGGCACGUCUAUGCCGCGUUCGCGCUCGCCGAAGAGGUCCAGGCCUCGCUCCCUGGCUCUCGCUCCCUCUUCCUCGGCGCCCCCGCCCCGUCCCUCGAGUCCGCCACCGCCGCGUCUUCCUCAUACCCAUUCGCCCCCGUCCCUCCUUGCCUCCCCCGCGCGCUCCUCGCCGCGGCGCUGCACCUCUACCACUUCCGCCCCCACGUCCUCGUCGCCACCGGCGGUCCCCCCGCCCUGCCCAGCUGCCUCGCCGCGCUGCUCCUGGGACUCCCUUUCGUGAUCCAGGACCAGGACGCCGGCCCCGCCCCUGCCACCCGCCUCCUGGCCCCCCUCUCUCGCCGCGUCUUUCUCGCGUUCAACGCGCCCGUCCGCCUCCUCCCGAAGCGCAAGUGCGCCGUCUACGGGAACCCCGUCCGCAUGUCCAUCCGCAACCGCAGGAUGUCCAAGGCCGCCGCCAUGGCGCGUUUCUUCCCCAGGGCAGGGCUGGUGGAGGCGGAGGGGAUGGAGGUCGUGCUUGUGCUCGCCGGGACGGUGGGAUCGCCGCAGAUCAAUGUGGCAGUACUUAACAUGUAUUACGAGAUGCUGUCGAGAAGGAAAAAUAGGUACAUCAUAUGGCAGACGGGACCAGAUGAUUUCUGCGAGAUGGAGAGCCUCGUCAGGGCCCAUCGCCGGCUGUUUCUGACACCAUUCUUGCAUGAAAUGGACAUGACAUAUGCUGCUACUGAUGUUGUCGUUUCUCGAGCUGGUUCUGUGGCUUGCACUGAGAUAUUGGUCACUGGGAAACCGGCAAUUCUGAUACCCUUACCGACAAUUGUGGAUGACCAUCAAACGAAAAAUGCGUAUAUCAUGGCAGAUGUCAUGGGAGCAAGGGUCAUAACCGAAGAUGAACUUGAUUCUAGUAGUCUAACAUGCAUAAUUGAUGAAAUUGUUGGUGAUGAGAAAUUGAUGGCAGAGAUGUCUCAGAAGGCACUAAAUGCUGCUCGACCAAAUGCUUCGGCUGAUAUUAUUCGUCACAUCUGUUCACUGAUUGGCCCAACCAACCUGACAUAA